AACCAUUAGACCCAGUUAUUAGCUACUGUGCACAAGGUAAUAAAACAAACAUGGGAGACAGAAAUGAAGCAAUAGCAAUAACAAUGGGUUGGAUAGGUGAGAGUGUUGAUUCCAUCAAAUCUCUUCAGAUCCGCCAGGUCCUCACCCAGGCUGUUAGCCUCGGCAUGAUUGUUACCUCUGCACUGAUAAUAUGGAAGGCAUUGAUGUGCAUUACUGGCAGUGAAUCUCCUGUUGUUGUUGUUCUUUCUGGAAGCAUGGAACCCGGAUUCAAGCGGGGAGACAUCUUAUUCUUGCACAUGAGUAAAGACCCAAUUCGGGCAGGGGAGAUUGUUGUGUUUAAUGUCGAUGGACGUGAGAUUCCAAUUGUUCAUCGUGUAAUUAAGGUACAUGAGAGGGAAGAUACUGGGGAGGUUGAUGUUCUCACUAAAGGAGACAACAAUUAUGGUGAUGACAGGCUACUGUAUGCUCACGGUCAACUUUGGCUGCAAAGGCACCACAUUAUGGGUAGAGCCGUCGGGUUCUUACCUUACGUAGGCUGGGUGACCAUCAUUAUGACUGAAAAGCCUAUUAUCAAGUAUAUUCUCAUUGGUGCUUUGGGGUUGCUCGUGAUAACUUCGAAAGAUUAAAUGAUGAAUCUGAAGUCAAACUGCGGUCCAACCUCCGAUGGUAGUGUGAGCAGAAUAUAAUGUUAAGAUUAAAUGAUGAAUCUGAAGUCAUUUUGUACCAUGCAUAGUAUGGGGGACAAUAUAAUGUUAAGAAUUAAUGCAAAAUAGUUUAAUUUUGGUAUAUUCUUACUUCUUCCUAGUCCUUGAUGAGUUGGUA